UUCAAAACGACAAUGCAGAGGGAGCUAUUCAAAAUGGCGUCAAACACUGGAGACGAGAGUUCCAAAACUGCUGAACAAAAAGUCGAUUCGACUCAAGGGAACUCAUCAGGAAAUGUCCAAAAACCAUCUGCAAGGAAGCCUAUUAAUCUGGCUUACAAUGGUAGAAGUUUUAUGCGAGACAUACUGUCGGAGUCGAUCUUAGGGUUCAUCUUUUGGAGUGUCCUGCAUGGCUUCGCACCAAUGGUAUGGUUUUACCCCCUCAACAUGCUGGAGAUCUCAGGGUAUGAAGCUCUUGCUGUUGUCUGGUUUUCUCCGAUCCUUUGCGCCAUCCCUGCUAUCUACUCUGCCCUGCAGACCAAGACAGGCCUGUUCUUGCUCCGAGCCAUCAUGGUGGGUAGUGUGGCGUCCUUCCAAGCGCCCACGACACUGACGCGGCUAAUGGUGCUGACAGCUGGCAACUUUGCGCUGGUGCUUCUGUGGUGUGCGACUUGGUGGCAUAAAACAUCCCAACAGAGAGUUGUAUCAUUCUGGGGAGCCAUGAUAGGGUUCAUAGCCAUGCUAGCAUCCCGCAUCUGGUACGUCUCAAUCAAUCCUACCUGGAGUGAUACUACCAGUAAUACCUUCAUCCUCACCAUCGGUGCCAUUGCAGUGGUAGAAAGGUACUUCGCAGCUGAACCAAAGAGUCCAGAGCCAAGGCCCAAUGAAACAGUGUCACCUUAUUGGAAGACUAUUGGCAUAGGUUUCGGGAGUCUUCUUUUUGUCACUCACUGGAUCUAUGGGGAGGUGGCGGUGGUGAGCCGAUGGUCAGUUACCGGAAACCCCCUGCCUGGACCACACCCAUUCCCAGCAAGUGCUGCAGUUUUCCUUGAACUCGUAACAGGCAUACUGUUGUCAACCAAGCUGGAUCUUGUCACCAACUUUCUAUGGAUUUGGUUUGUGGGUGGACAUACAGCGUUAGGACUCUACUUUCUCUCAGGCUUCUUCUCAUUUGCCUUUGGUCUCAUCUUCAGUCUCUUCAUCAUGGCGGCAUGGCCCGAGAUGAGUGACCGCUUGAUCAGCUGUCCUCCAGUCAAGACCCUGCUCGUUGUCAUGGCAACCUACCUCUUUGAGAUGCUGUUCUCUGUGUGGACCGUGGCCUACAACUUUGUGCCUUACGGAUACCUCACCAGGGAGCAGACUGCUAUCCUGCUAGUUUUCUGUGUGUUUAUGCUGGGUCGAGCUUUAGGCAAAGGAUCACCACGAAACACAGAUGAAAAGGAAUGCACUCACAUCGGAUUCUCCAAUCUGGAUGGAACUGGUUCUCACCAGGCCUUUGCAGAUGCCAAGAUUUUUAUCAUCCUUGUUGCCAUCGUUGGAAUUGCUGGCUUUGCGUAUCGUCUUCCAGCCCACACCUCCAGGCCUGCUUUAGAGAAAGAAAACCCUCGGGAGUUUACCAGUCUGAUUUGGACGUCUCACUUCAUGUACGACAACGAUGGAUGGCCAAGCUAUGAGAGAGCUGCUCAGAUGCUGGAAGAUUCAGGUGCCGAUAUAAUAACACUUUUAGAGAGUGAUGCUUCUAAGCCCUUCUUGGGUCAUAAUGAUAUCAGCAUGUGGCUGGGAGAAAGGCUACGCAUGCAUGAUGAUUUUGGUCCAUCUACAAAGCUACACACGUGGGGAAAUUUGCUUCUGUCCCGACACCCCAUCCUAAAAUCUGAGCAUCAUCUCCUUCCAUCGCCGAGGGGUGAACUGGCUCCAGCUAUCAGCGCUACGCUCAACAUAACAGGCAACCUGGUCGACUUUGUAGUCACUCAUAUGGGCAACGAUAGGGAUGAUGAGGAUAGAAAACUACAAGCACAUUAUCUGGCUAAUAUUACAAGGAGAAGCAAAAAUCCUGUUGUUUUCAUGGGAUACGUCACAUCGAAGCCUGGAAGUAGAGACUACAAAAAGUUGACAACUUUUGGAAAAUUAAAGGAUAUAGAUGCAACUGAUAUAGAUAGAUUCUGUGAAUACAUCAUGUAUAAAGGAUUAAGAAAAUUAGGAUAUGCCAGGAUAUCUCAUGGAGGCCUGAGUGAUACAGAGGUCCAGAUGGCCAAGUUUGAGAUCCCCAAGACUAGACAAUUUGAAGACAAUGAUAUAAUCAUCACAGACAAGAAUGAAAUAGAUGAAAGUGUGAGAUUUUCUGACAAGUUUGGUGAUUACAAGGUGGGUCACAGCUAUCCUAAGGAGCACCGAUACCACAUGAGCACACCAAAGUACUUCAUCAGGAGAACAAAAGAGGAAUGAAUCGAGCAUGAGCCCUGUAACAUCAUAAUUGACCGACAAUCAAGCACUUAACCUUUGGUAUCUCCAUUUUUUCUACAGGUGAUUGUAUCUAACCUUGAAAUGUACCUUAACCCUAAAAAGGCAGGUUAAAAAAAAAAUCAGACCCCAUUCCCCCCCCCCCCCCUCCUUUUCAGGGUUAAUGUAAAUGGAUUGCAAUUGCAAGGUACUUUUGAUUAUAUAGAUACAAUUGUUUGGAGGAGAUGGGAUUUAGUUUGGUGAAUACAAUUGAUUGUUACUCUUCAGAUCCCUGAAGCUGGUCAUAUCGAGAUGUGAAAUACAUCCCCCCUCCCCCCCCCCAC